AUCAAGUGAAAGUUGACAGACGAAAUAUGGAUAUAGUGACUUUUUGUCAUUUUUUAAGCUACAGUGUUAUUUUGAGCAGUCUUAUUGUUAAAGUACCACAAAUUAUAUCAGUUCUGAAUGCAAAAAACACAAAGGGACUUAGUUUGAGUAGUGUUUUGUUGGAAGAAGUCGGGUAUUCUAUUAUGCUGACAUACAGUUUUGCUAUGGGAUAUCCACUGGCUUCCUAUUUUGAAUACACAGUACUUGUUCUCCAAGACUUUAUUUUAAUUGUUGCCGUACUUCACUUUGAUGGUAUCCUGAAAAUGAAAACCAUACCAGUGUUUCUUUUGUAUUUCUUAGUGUACACAGGGAUAGCAUUUAGAUGGUUUCCAGAUAUUAUUCUAACUGCAGUAAUUAGUUUGGUUACUCCCCUCUCCUUUACCAGUAAACUUGCUCAAAUCAAGUUACUGUAUACAAGUAAGAACCCAGGACAGGUUAGCUUGAUGACCUGGUGUAUAGUAACAUAUGGAGCCACUGCCCGUAUACUAACAUCGUUUUUCUUGACGGGGGACUUCGGCGUCAUCCUGAAUUUCACUGUAGCUGCUUCCAUGAACAUGACCAUUUCAUGCAUGAUCUUUUAUUACAGACAGCUCGCAAAAGACAAGAAAGAAUAAACUUUUAACCCAUUAUACUUUUUUGUGAAUGCCAUAUACUUUAUAUAUCCAUACUUUUGGCGACUCCCCCGCGUUAACCGUUGUUCCUGUAUACCGUAAAAUUGUAACUUGUUACAUGUAACUUGAUUACUACAAAUUUCUUUGUAUUUGUGUAUAUUUAUAUUUUCUACAUUUUUGUACAUUUAUAUAUACGCAAAGAAAGCAUUCUAUUGUUUAUUGCAAUAGCUUUUUAUCAUAAGAAAUAAAUAUUUACCGACA